AUGGUGCUUACGUUGCAUUUCAAGGCUGUUGUCUGUAUCAGAUCUCUUUGAAGACUGUUAAGGCGUAAGAUCGACAGUUUUGAUUUGUAGACUCAAGUUAAAUUGUUAGCAAACGAGGAUAAAGGAAAAGUUAAGUCACAUUACGCGAAACGGAAUUUGCAAUGUAGAAAGAAUUUGGAAGCGAUGGCACACGGUUCCGAUCAAAUGGCAGCGUGGACGAAAAAUGAAUAUUUGAAACUAUUCUGCCGCGAAGUUGCGAAAGAAUUGCUGUACAAUAUUGUGUACAAUCAUGCAGGAAAUGAUUAUUCUUCCUUAUGCUCCGAAUUUACAAGGAAAACUGGCCAUGGACUGAUGAAUUUCGUUGGCUUUAGUAAUGUAAGUGAACAAGAAUGGUCUAGUUUCUUGAAAAAUAUUCUCGGUCUUAAACACAUUCCAGGACAACGUCCUAAGAUAUGCUUCACAGGCAGUGUAGAUGGAGAAAGGGGAAUUGUGUACCGCCGAAAUAACACAACGUAUCUAACCGUGGGAUAUUUUGUGCAAACCAUAGCAACAUAUCGCGAAAAGUUUCUUGUUAUGGCCUGCAAGAUGAUGAAAGAUAUUUUCCCGAACUUGAAUCGCUGCAAAAACAAAAUGGGCAAUACCCCUCUUCACCUCGUCUCCUCACUCCCAGGCCAUUAUGUACAAAAUGACAAUACCGUACCAUUGGUAAAAUAUUUGAUACAGGCUGGCAUAGAUUCGACGAUGUUGAACAGUAAUCGCAGAAAUUUUCUUCACACAAUUUCUUGGAGUUUUGUAGCAGAGGACACGGGGGAUGUUGUGAAAUGGGUGUCCGAAAACGAAUACUUCUAUUACUUCAUUUGCACCAUAAAUUCCACCAGAUACGUGAAGGAACGCUAUGCUAUACUACAUACGCUUCUGGUAGGAUUAACACCAGAACAAUUGCUUUUCUUGGUCAGUACCAAAGACAGUUUAGGAAAUACCGUAAUGCAUGGAUGGGCACACUUAAUGUCUGUGCUGAAUGUGGAAAGCGAUUUCCAAUUUACAAGCUCGUUUUUGGAGAUGUUAUGUAGCUUUACUGGUUCUGAACCUGGCCUUCCCCUUGACGAUACAGACAUCAAUGGUAACGUAGCUCUUCAUUAUGCCUUCCACCCCAAAGUUUUUAAGUUUUUUCUCCAGAAAGAAGUCUUUGGUUGCAGAAUCACUAAUAAGGCUGGGGCAACCCCAGUUUUAACGAUGCUGCAGCAUUUGGCUGUGCUAGCAUUUAACGAAACGUCUGCGUUUGCGGAAAUUAAAAGUCUCUUCAGCUGCGGUAACGGUGAUUAUAAAUGGAUAAGGUACAAAAGACCACUAAUCGAAGAGGCUACAAAUAUGUUUGAGCAAUUUAUAGACUUAGUGUCGGAUAACGAAGAUGUCCAAGAAACGCUUGGAAUACCAGAUGAGAACGGUAAUUACCCUAUCAAUGUAGUAUUGAUUACCAUUCGAGUAGCAUGCUACCGUAUAGAGAAGCCUCGUAACAAUGUUUUGGACUAUACGAAGCUGCGAGAAUGUUUGAUAAGAUUGGUAGGACUGAUCCUAGGUACUGUGAAUACCAUGAAACUACAAAACAACGAAGGUAAGAAUGCUCUUCAUGUGUUCCUUGAUAUGGGUGAAGCGAACAAUAACAGAGUACUUUACGAUGAGGAUAUUCUAGAAAUCAUUAAAAUACUUCUGCAGCAUAAUUUAAAUGUGAACGCAAUUGACGCAAAGGGAAACACACCUCUUCAUGUUGCAAACAAGUAUUAUUAUAGUGAAAGCAACAAAAGAAUUGCUGAGAUGCUUAUCAACUAUGGUGCAGUCGCAGACAAAAAGCGAGUAUUACGAUCAUGCCCUACGAGACAUCAAGACAAAGCACAACGUUUGAUUGACAACACUAUUGAAGUGACUUUCGUAGGAAAAUAUCGUUAUUGUAGUCAGGAUCCAAUUGGCUCUGGUGCAUUUAGCACGGUCUUUGUGGCAGUGAGAGAUGAAUUUGUGGAAUCAGAUACGAUUAAUUAUAAGGCCUUUGCGUUGAAGAGACUGGAGAAGGCAAGGCUUAACGGAGACCAGUUCCAACGUGAAAUUAAAAACCUUAUUUCGUUGUCUGAAGGAUGCGAGAAAAUCAUCAGAUACUACCACAAUUUUACCGAUAACUCCUUUCAUUAUAUUGUUCUUGCUCUUAUGGAUGGUGACCUUUAUAAAUUUAUUAAAAAUGACAAUAUCAAACAAGUUGUGAUGAGGGAUCCAGCGAUACAACUGCGAGUUAUGAGGGACGUCAUUACUGGUGUGGAGUAUCUUCAUAACAAUAACUACAUUCACCGCGAUCUUAACCCCAGAAACAUUCUAUACACCGCCGAUGCAACAUUGCAUCUCAAAAUCGCUGACUUUGGAUUCACAAAAAACAUAUCGUCGACAUCCACAAAGAGUUCAGGAAGAGGUGGACGUACACCAUGUUGGAUAGCGCCAGAACUACUUGUUCGACAACCAUUAGGCCACCAUACUAAGCAAUCAGAUAUAUUCUCCUUGGGAUUGGUCCUAUACUACCUUUAUACCUGGGGUAGUCAUCCUUUUGGAGAUUUGGAGCAUGAACAGCCUCACCGUAUUGUGUCUAGGAUUGAGAAUUUUGAUGAAAGAUUUAUGCCACAAAUAUUUAAUAGCCAUGGGGUUUAUCAUCCUGAAAGCAUUAGUUUCUUCAUGGACCUUUUAAAAAGAUACCCUUUCCUCCGGUCACGAGCAAACGGCCUUAUCCAGAAACCAUUUUUUUGGAACGAUAGUAAAAAGAUUGCAUUUCUUAACGCGAUUGGUAACCAAGAUGAAGCCAUUUUUCCGGAUCACCACUCACGUUUAGUGCAAUUCUUGCAGGAGACACACACUGGCCAUAUGGUUUCUGUCAGGCCUUGGCAUCAGUGGAAUACAGUGGUAAGAGAUGUGCAUAAAGAAAUGAGUAGAAAUAAACGGUAUAGAACAAAUAUGAUAAUCGAUUUGUUACGAUUCAUCAGAAAUGCGUACGCCCACAGGAAUGAAAAGUCUUUUAGGGUUCAAGUUUAUCUCGAUGACAAGAUUUUCCUCCACACAUACCCUUCCCUAGUUCUGGACGUUUUUAAUGUGAUACAAAGACUAGGUCUCCGUGAAAGACGUCGCGAUAUCAACGAUGUUCUAAAAGAAGAUCAAUAAAGCAAAACAGACCCUAGGUAGCCCAAAGGUAUUUGCGAAUCUAAAUCGUCCAUCCACUUUAAUAUCGCGGUCUGUGACGUA